GAUCAGACUUACUGAAGGAUACUUCCUAGCCUUUCAAUCUGGUGGAAUUCAAUUUACAUUUUAUCGUCCUUCAAUAUCUAAUUCGCACUUCAUAAUUCCAUUUUCGCAUACAAAAUGCCACUUUCCGAUAAAGCUUUGACGAGCGCGCUCUCCAAGACGGUUCGUGACGUAUUCCACAGCGACGAGAAAGAUAAAUUGAGUGUUCGAUUUAUUAGAACAAAAGUAGAAGAGGAACAUGAAUUGGGGGACGGCUUCUUAAGUGAAGGAAAGUGGAAGGAAAAAAGCAAGGGAAUUAUCAAGGGCGAAGUUGACAAAUUGAUGCAAGGAGAUGAAGAGGAGGAAGAGGGCGAGGAAGAGCCUGUGAAGCCAAAGAAUACCAAAAAAGCCCCAGCGAAAAAAGCCACACCUGCUGCGAAAGCAACGAAACGAUCUUCUGCCGAAAAGAAGGCACCUCCUCCAAAGAGACAAAAGAAAGAGAAAACUCCCGUUUCUGAAUCCGAACUUUCUGAACCUGCGGAAUCAGAAUUAUCAGAGAUUGAUUCCGAAAUGAGCGAAAACGAACCAAAAGCGAUACCAAAGAAGCAAGUUAACAAGAAUGCCAAAGCUAUUUCAGACAACGUAAUCGGCGACAAUGAAGAUGAGGUGGCACCCAAGAAGACUAAGAAAUCAGUAACAAAAGAAGCGGUGUCUUCUGGCUCUGAAUUGUCUGAUAUUGAAUCGAUCACUCAAUCCGAGGCAAAAUCUCCUAAGCCCUCGUCCCCAAAGAUCCGCGAUUCAUCCUUAUCCUCCCUCCCAAAAACAGAAGACGAAGCCGCCGGUAACGAAUCCGACUCCUCUGCCAUGUCUGUUGUUCUCGAUGGACCUUUAACCACCAAAUCUCGUGCCAAGAAGUCCAAAUCCACUUCGUCCAAGCCCUCUAAAACAACAAAGGCCGCGAAACCCAAAGCCGCGAAGGCUAAGACCACGGCAGAACUUUCACCCAACGAACAGUUGAUUAAAACACUUCAAUCGCAACUCGUCAAGUGUGGGAUUCGCAAAAUUUGGGCUUUCGAAUUGAAGAAAUAUGAGACAGAAAAUGAGAAAAUCAAACACUUGAAGAGCAUGCUCACUGAGAUUGGCAUGACCGGACGUUUUAGCGAAGGCAGAGCCAGAGAAAUCAAGGAGAUGAGAGAACUACAGGCAGAUUUGGAAGCGGUGAAGGAAGGCGAAAAAGCAUGGGGAAUGGAUAGAAGUUCUAGAAGAAGUGGGAAUGGUGUCAAAGAGGUCAAGAAGAAGAGUGAGGGUAGUGGUGAUGAUGGUGUUGAUGAUGACGACGAUGACAAAAGCAAAAAUGGCAGUACUAAAGAUGAUGAAGAGAGUGAGGAUGAUGACGAGGACAUGGAGGUUUCUGUUAGGGCUAGAAGGAAGAACGAUUUGGCAUUCUUGGGUAGUGAGGAGAGUAGCGAUGAUGACUGAGCGGUUCAAUUACUGAUCUACGUUUUCGUCAAAGGGUUUGUAAAAAUUAAUAGGGAUUUUGGAAUGGAAAUGGAAAUGAAAAUGGGAGUUACAUGGUAUGAAGGCCAUGGUUAUGAUAUCUUGACUGCCAUCGAUGGGUCUGCAUUUGUUUAUCGCAUUGGGGUUAUAGGAUACAAGAUACCUAAUAUCAAGUGCCACAAUUGUACGAAAACAAUACAAUAUAAGUUUUUCACUUUGAACCCUCAAGUUGAGGAUUAGUUGUACAUUAUAGCAUAAAUUUGAAAUGGACUUUGAAUGGAUUGAA